AUGAGCGAAGAUGAAUUGUAUAGUUAUAAGUCAAGACGUCCCGUGUCCUUGUCGACCGCAUCAUCCUACCAACAGCUUCCUGCUUCAAAGGUGUCUUGUCAAAGUUUUCCUUCUAAACUACAUAUGGCAAGCCAACCAAGUGAAAUAUCGCAUAAUGCUACAGAAAGACGUAGUGUGAUGCGCGGUGUUCAAACAUUGCCUCAACGUACAAACCAGUCUAGUGAUUCAAAACAUUCAAAACCGCAACAAGUACAAUCUCCAUCAAAUGCUCGACCAUUUGAAUACGAAUAUCAUACGUUCGUAAAUCCCACCUCAGCGUCAAAUGUUAACAAUGGAAUAGGAGUUGCAAAGAAUCCCCCUGAUAAAGAACCGAGCCCAAAUACAGCCAACGUGAUAGAAAGUGUGCUUGAAAGUAUGAUGUUACUUCAGCAAAGACAAGCUGAAACAUUGAUAUCAACCCAUCAACAGCUCACCGCUUCAAUGACUUUACCACAACCAUCUAUAAACGUAUUUAAAGGCGAUCCUCUAGAAUACAGAACUUUCGUUAUGUUCUUUGACACCCGAAUACAGUAUCGAGUUAAUAACAACGCAGACCUACUUUAUUAUUUAAACCAACAUUUGAGUGGAGAACCGAAAGGUAUGAUUGAAGGUUGUUUACACAUGGAUCCGGAAAUAGGCUAUACGGAAGCAAGACGGUUGCUGAAGAAAGAGUAUGGGGAUCCAUACCAGAUAUCCAUGGCGUAUAUCCAGAGAAUCCUCAAUUGGCCACUCAUCAAAUCGGACGAAGGAAAAGCCCUAAAAUCAUUUUCCCUUUUUUUGAUCAAAUGUAAGACCGCUAUGAAGAGUAUUUCUCAUUUGUGUGUACUUGAUCGUGCACCGAACAUGCAAGCAGUGGUCUCAAAGUUACCAUUCCAUCUACAAGCAAAAUGGAGAGACCUCGUAGCCAAGAUCAGAAGGGACAACGCAAAGAUAGCAAACUUUGAGAACCUCGCCAGUUUUGUCCAAUCGGCUGCUGAUGCUCCAAAUGAUCCAGUGUUUGGGAAAGAAGCUCUCAAUAAAAGCAAAGAAAGCUCCAAGAAAUUUGAUAAAAGAGACAGCAUUCAGUUAAAGAACAAGAACUCUAGUUUUGCAACAAAUCCCACCUUAAUACACGGGGCCGGGUCAGCAAAACCGAUCAUCGUCUGUCCAUUGUGCAACUCCUCUCACGACCUGGACGACUGCCAACUUUUUCUGAAGAAAACCGUCGAGCAAAGAAAAGAAUAUCUCAAGCAGAACAAGAUGUGUUUCGCCUGUUACGAGAAGAAUCUCAUUUCAAGAGGCUGUUUACGAAAAAGAAAAUGUAAGAAAUGUAACAAGCCACAUCCAUCUGCUCUUGACGUUGAUGACUUUAAAUUAGAGAAUCAAGUUCGUAAAAGCGAGGAAGAAGUGAAGAAUGCAUGUACCAAAAUGCCCUCCAAUUCUCCAAACGACGUGGUAGUCGUACACGCUAUCAUACACGUGAAAGUCAAGCCGAAGGGUAGUACCGGAACAGUAACUACUUAUGCUUUCUAUGACAAUGGGAGUGGAGGCUAUUUUCUAACAGAAAAUCUUUGA